GAGCGUGUGAAUGUCUUCUUAGUGAGUGCAUUGUUGUUGUUAUGAGGAUGAUGACGUGUCAGUCCACUUUUGUUGUGUUGCGUUUUGCGAGCUUUCGUUUUGAAACUGGAAACUGUUCUUGAAUCUUUAUUAUUCGGUUUUCGUUCUUGCAGUUUUUCUUUGGCCAUUGAUUGCGGUGCUUGUCUUUUUUUUUUUCAUUUUUGCAGGGAGCGGUACUUUUAUACUUCAUCCUUGAAAAAGGUGAGAAUACUUAAAAGGUACCUUUAUAUUUUCCCUUUAUAAUGCGUGUAACCUUUAAUAGUUUACAAAAAUGUUGAAUGAUUCUUAGAAGUAAUGUAUGUUACAUGUUUUAUUGCAGAUAAACAAACCAUAUCUUCCAUUGGCCUUUGGGAAAUUAUCCUUCAGAAAUUGUGUCUUUAUUGUUGCGUCAUCUGCAAUUUUGGGCUUAGGGAUUAACUUGAUGAUAGGUUCUACUGCAUUGAUUUGGAACUUUGUNUUGUGCGCAACAUUAUGGACUUGCUAUUCUGCCAAUUUGCCUUUCUUACGAUGGAAGAAAAAUCCGGUGCUGGCAUCAUCAGUCAUGUUAGCUUGUUGGACACAUAUACUUCCAGUUACAUACUUCCUUCAUAUGCAGACGUUUGUGUUGAAGAGGCCACUUGAUAUACCUGACGUAGAAGGAGAUAUAAAACAUGGCGUUGAUACUUUCGCAGCACGUUUAGGCCAGAAAAAUGUAUUUUGGAUUUGUGUUGUCCUUUAUGAAAUUGCAUUUGGAGUUGCUUUCUUGGCAGGAGCAUCAUCCUCAUCUCCCUUCUGGAUUAAAUUUGUCACGGUAAUAUGUUUAUUAUAUGUAUAUAAGUUAGGAUUUUAGGUANGCAGAAUUUAUCUGUUUUUUUUUACCUCAACACAUGGAGUUUGAUUUUGGUAAACAAUAGGCUGUUUUGUUUG